CAUCGAUGUCUCAUCGUCGCUUCACCAAAAUAGAAUGAAAACCAGAUUUCGUCUGCUUUCGGACUUCUCAAACUUCCUCGCCAAGUCCGCAAAUUACCCCGUCCGUUUCUAUAUCGAGUCAAGGUUCCGACCCUGUUUGAAAAGCAGCAAGGGUGAAAUUGGAAUAUCAGUUUUAAUACAGACACCAAGUCGGACGCGCAAGAUAUAGGCCCUGGUUAUAUACGCGAUAUUUUGACCCCUUUCUAUGGAUUUUUAUUUUGGAUAAUCUGAAAGCCCUGAAGGAGGAGAAUAGGAUUCGAUUGUUGAGUAAUCUUUGACACGUCAUCGAUUGAUCAAGAGUGACGUCACAAAGGUUACCACGAUGGGCGGAGGCUGUUCGAGAUGCUGCGCCAGCUGUGUAUCGUGUUGCUAUGGCUGCAGGAGGCACCGGUCGUACACACAAAAGAUGACCACGAAAACGGCGGAGCGCGUAUGGUUUUGUGUGAUGGCGUUCACAUUUCUCGCUACACUUGCAAAUAUGUUCCUAUGGGUUUCUUCCGAUAACGACGCCGACAGUGUGAACGCGGGUUUCUGGAAGUCGACAGGAGUAUGGUUCCCAUUCUAUUUUACAUUUCAGAUCAUCUCUUACGUAACAUUUGCUUACGUCAUGCUCCUUAUGUUAUUUGGAUUUCUACACAUGGCGCUGGUGGAAAGACUUCAAUUACACAUGAUACAUAAGAUCGGUGUUGUGAUGUCACUUGUGAUGACGAUAACUCUCCUUGUCUUUGUCAGCAUUCGAUUACGUCAUCUCUGGCAUUUUGUUCCAGAACUUCUGGAGUACAUCGGACCUUUCCUUCAGUUGGUAGCCGUUGCCUUUCUGACCAUCAUGAGUUGGUUUGUUGCCGGAAGUCUAAGCACGCUGCAGAGAAGAGCCGGAAUUCCGUUUCGUGACGCCUCAUUCUGGUAUUUCUUGGUCCUGAUUGGUCUAUACAUUACGCCGAUUUUCAUCGAAUCACCUUGCAUUAUGACGCAACAUCAUGAAGACAAUCCGCCCAAGCCACUCCUCUUUGCUCACAGAGGCGCGGAAGAGAUUGCCCCUGAAAACACAAAUAUUUCCUUCAUGAUCGCUUUAGAUGACUACGAUGCAUAUGGGAUAAAAACAGAUGUCAGAAUAAGUUUUGAUGGUGUCCCAUAUGUUUUCCACGACGAGAUCCUUACUCGAACCACAAAUGCCAUCGAUACUUUCCCCGAGAACUACCGCCAGCCCGCAGACAUGUUUACCAUGGAUGAACUAAGGGAGCUAGACGCGGGAUCAUGGUUUGCUAGGAAAAAACCUUUCUUGACGGCAUGGUUCAUAUCUGACGAGGAGAAGGAAGAAUUCAGCCAGCAAGGUAUCCUAACAAUGGUUGAAAUGUUUGAGCUCGUUCUCGCCCGCAAGAAAUCUCUCCUCUUCGAUCUACGACCGCCCCCUAGCGAGCAUCCGUACGCAACGUCCUGGCUCAACACAACGAUCGAUGUCAUAACAACGGAGAUCGGGCUUGAUCCAAGUGAAUUCACAUACUGGGAAUCACCCGAUGGCCCUCACUACGUAUUUUUCAUCCAACUCUAUGAUAACCGGACCAUUCAGAAUGUAUACAAUGACAUCGCAUUUGAAUCAGUAAGGUCCGCCCUUGAAAAUAAUGUGUCUACGAACGUGUGGACGGUGAACGAGGCGUGGCUUUUUCAAUAUUACUGGUGCGCAGGUGCAAGUUCCGUGACUACGUCAUCAAUUCAUACGCUGAGCGGGAAUAAUUCUCUUGUUUGGCAGCUGACUCCUACACAUUAUCUCAUCAUGUGGAUCCUCUUUGAUAUAGCUUCUUUUAUCUGGGUGAUCGUUGUCUUCGUCAUUCAAAUCACAAAAUGUAGGCGACAGAAACAGCGUUUGAGACGGCAUGUUUCUGACGGGUCUACGUAUAACUACCAAUUCGUUGCUAUGUCAGACAAACCAGCGGACAUGUAUGCCUCGUAAAAGGUUCAAUGGUCCACCUGUAUGGCUUAACAGGGUUUGGCCGACGCUUUUUUUAUUGGGAAGUCGAUACCAGAGAAACCGAAGGGUACGUCGGUUCAACCGACCAUCACCAAUUUCAUCCUUUAGACAUUCACCACACGGUCCCUAUAAAUAAUUAUGAACGGAAAUGUUACGAAUACAAUACGAACUCCGUCGCGAGGUCCUUGAACAAUUUCGUUGCAUGCCUCACUGUUCCAGUCAGCACACCGAAUAUUCUCCAGUCCCCGGUCUUGGAGCAGUAUGGAUCUUGUGGAUUGUAAAGAGAAUGAAAAUUUUGUUGUUCAUGUUUUGGUCAUAGACUACUAGUAUUACAGAGAGGCGGAUCUCACCAUAUUACACUAUUCACUAUGUCUGGUUAGCGAACUGGAUACGGUUUGGGAUGCCGUUAACUACGGAGGCCGGUUUUCGUGUGACGAAGCCUGUAUACCACCACCGCUUACGGAUCUGCUGCGAAGCUGGAUAAAUCCAUAAGCGGUGAUAAUACAACGUUUUGAGAUGAUCCCACGAAUAAGCCAAUGCUUCUCCGAUUGUAACGGAAUCAUAUUUUCUGGGAAAUUUAUUUUUUUAUUAAUUAAGUUUUUUUUCUGGGGGGGGGGGCAAUGCGACGCUUGGAUGACAGCUUUACGAUUAUCUUCUAGCUCGUCGAUAAAUAACACAGCCGGUAUGAAAAUUAUGUAAACACGGUUUUUUAAAAGAAAAUAUUAAUAUUCAUUGACCACCAUCAUCCUGUGCAGAUUUGAGAACAAAUAAUGAAAUAAAUGUGAUAAUUCAACACGUUCUUUAUCAUUAAUUAUAUUGGGCUCUUAUUCAUUUUUUUUUUAUUUUUAACAGCAUCACUUUCCGUAUUCAGACUGUAAUCCAUUAUUCUUGAGCUAAGUCAAUGUUUCUUUGGUCAACGUUUCUUAAUAAAAAUGUUGCUUUCGCCUUUUUUCCUAUAUGUGCUAUAUGCGGCUGGGGGGGGGGGGGGGUCGUCAGAUAAUUUAUAAGAAUGAUAAUUGUUUAUUUAUACGAUAUGGUUUGAUAUGCUGUUUUUAAUUAAGAUUUCAUCAGUCGACAUUUCUCUACACAAGACUCCCUUUAACGCCGAUCAUUUAUAAUAUUACGUCGCUCCUCUAAAGUUUUGUUUUAUAUUAUGUCAAGUUGUUUAAUGUUGCUUUUUUAAGAAAAGAUGUAUACAAUGUUACUUUAUACGAUGUUUCUUAAUACGAUAUUUCUUAGAGAUGUUUCUGACAUUGCCCCGUAGUGCUAAUCCGAUUUUCUUUUCUUUCCAUUCAUUUUUUUGUAAUUUCACUACUCUCAAUUCUGGGAGCAUCUUCUAGUAUGAUAUACACAAUCAUUAUCUAAAAGCAACUCUCUCCGUCCCCAUGAUCUGAAGAAUCUUAAAGAUUAUCUACGAAAUAUAAAAUUCUUAAAUUGUUUUAUAUUUAUUUCUAUCGAUUGAAUUCUUUCUCGCGAAUGUUUUUAUUUUCACGCAGGUUGUUUGAUGAAGGCCUUGGAUUUGGAAUAUCUGAACAAUAUCUCCAGUUCACUGAUCACGUGGCGACCUUUUUGAAUUCCAUGUGAUAUUCGUAUCAUCUUCUUAACUACUUCUCUACUACUUAACCCUACCCCCCCC